CAGGCGCCGCCGCCGCCUCCUCCCGCGGCUCGGCGGCCGCUCCCGCCGCCAGACGGGGCCUCCCGCCGGGCCGCAGCGCGUGAGUCGGGCCUGACGCCGCUCCCGGGCCGGGACCGCGGGGCAGGGAGGGCUCGGGGAAGCGCGGGGGGUUCCGGGCGAGCGCGGCUCGGGCCGCAGCCCUCCCUUCCCCUCCCCUCCCGGGGCCGGCCCGGCCGCCCCGCAACCGCCGCCCGUUCGUUCUUCAGAGCCGUUCUGCUUUCCCGUCAGCGAGGAGCCUGGCGGGGAGGGUUUAGUUUUAAAGGAAAAGGUUCGUAUAACUCUCACCUCGCAGACAGGGCUGUAUUUCCUGGUUUUUAGUGUUUCUUUUUGCUUUUUUUACCUCAGGAAAGCUGAACGGCCGCUGUUCGGGAGAACUGGGGCUGAAUUAGACUCUUAAAGCCGAGUAAGGGCCGUGGGUUUAGGGCGGUCGAGGAGGGUUUAGCCCCCAGAGCUGGCGGGAGAAACCUUCAGGGGCCGGCUGUGAAUUUUGGCUUCGUUUCCAAGCCCUCUCCUGGAGCCUUAACUUAGGUUUUUUUGCCCAUUUCCAGGCCUCUCUUCCUCCCCCCAACCACGCUCUGUCCCGGGGCCUGGGCUGCCAGGUCUCUCUGUAGUCACCCCCCUUCUCCCAAACUCCACCGGCCCCCUCUUAGAGAGGCUUUUAAACAGGCUUCCCCCGCAAGUUAAACCUUUACAAAAAGCUUGAUUUUAAACCCCGAGAAUAAGCCUGCGGUAGUUCCCGCUGGGAGCACGUGCUGGGCCGAGGAUGAACGCGGCUGCCAGCAGUUACCCCAUGGCCUCGCUGUACGUGGGGGACCUGCACCCCGAUGUCACCGAGGCCAUGCUCUACGAGAAGUUCAGCCCCGCGGGGCCCGUCCUCUCCAUUCGGGUCUGCCGGGACAUGAUCACCCGCCGGUCCCUGGGCUAUGCCUACGUCAACUUCCAGCAGCCAGCAGAUGCUGAGCGUGCUCUAGAUACCAUGAAUUUUGAUGUGAUCAAAGGAAAACCCAUUCGCAUCAUGUGGUCUCAGAGGGACCCCUCCUUGAGGAAGUCAGGGGUUGGGAAUGUCUUCAUUAAGAACCUGGACAAAUCCAUUGAUAACAAGGCACUUUAUGACACAUUCUCAGCGUUUGGGAAUAUUUUGUCCUGCAAGGUGGUGUGCGAUGAGAAUGGCUCUAAGGGCUACGCUUUUGUGCACUUUGAGACCCAGGAGGCAGCUGAUAGGGCCAUCGAGAAGAUGAACGGCAUGCUGCUCAACGACCGCAAAGUGUUUGUUGGGAGAUUCAAGUCUCGUAAGGAGCGGGAGGCUGAGCUGGGAGCCAAGGCAAAGGAAUUCACCAAUGUUUAUAUUAAAAACUUUGGGGAUGACAUGGAUGAUGAAAGGCUAAAGGAGCUCUUCAGCAAAUAUGGUAAAACUCUGAGUGUGAAAGUGAUGACAGACCCCACUGGGAAAUCCAAAGGCUUUGGCUUCGUAAGCUUUGAAAAGCAUGAAGAUGCUAACAAGGCAGUAGAAGAAAUGAAUGGGAAGGAUAUCAAUGGGAAGAUGGUGUUUGUUGGCCGAGCACAGAAGAAGGUGGAGCGCCAGGCUGAGCUGAAAAGGAAGUUUGAGCAGCUGAAACAAGAGAGGCUCAGCCGAUACCAGGGUGUUAACCUGUACAUUAAAAACCUAGAUGACACUAUAGAUGAUGAAAAACUGAGGAAGGAGUUCUCACCUUUUGGGUCAAUAACAAGUGCCAAGGUGAUGCUGGAAGAUGGCCGGAGCAAAGGGUUUGGCUUUGUCUGCUUUUCCUCUCCAGAGGAAGCUACGAAAGCAGUGACAGAGAUGAAUGGGCGGAUCGUGGGCUCCAAGCCCUUGUACGUGGCCCUGGCCCAGAGGAAGGAGGAGAGAAAAGCCCACCUCACCAACCAGUACAUGCAGCGCAUCGCUGGGAUGAGAGCUCUGCCAGCCAACACCAUCAUUAAUCAGUUCCAGCCUGCUGCUGGGGGGUAUUUCAUGCCUGCUGUGCCCCAGGCUCAGAGCAGACCCACUUACUAUGCACCAAACCAAAUGGCACAGAUGAGACCCAACCCGCGCUGGCAGCAAGGGGGAAGACCUCAAGGAUUCCAGGGAAUGCCAAAUGCCAUGCGCCAGUCAGGGCCGCGCCCGGCGCUGCGCCACCUGGCCCCCGCCAGCAGUGCCCCGGCCUCUCGUGGCCUCCCUGCUGCUGCCCAGCGAGUGGGUGUUGGUUCUGCAGCGCAGGCUUUGGCUCCACGCCCGCCCGUGGCCGCCCCCGCGCCCCGAGCGGUUCCUCCCUACAAAUACGCCUCCAGUGUCCGCAGCCCCCACCCUGCUGUGCAGCCCCUGCAGGCACCUCAGCCUGCAGUACAUGUGCAGGGACAGGAGCCACUCACAGCUUCCAUGCUGGCUGCUGCCCCUCCCCAGGAGCAGAAGCAGAUGCUGGGAGAACGUUUGUUCCCUCUGAUUCAAGCUAUGCACCCCAGCCUUGCAGGGAAGAUCACAGGAAUGCUGCUGGAGAUUGACAACUCUGAGCUGCUGCACAUGCUGGAGUCUCCCGAGUCCCUCCGGUCCAAGGUGGAGGAGGCUGUGGCAGUGUUGCAGGCUCACCAAGCCAAGAAAGAAGCUGCCCAGAAGGUGGGUGUGGUUGCUGCUACCUCUUAAACCAGGAAGACUGGAUGCAAAGAAGCCAAAUAGCCCCUUCAUAGACAUCAGCUCAAGAUGUUUGAAGAUUCUUCACUGUCCUGCAGAUCUCAAUGCCAUGCAUCAUAUCACAUAGUUAUAUUGCAUUUUGUAAAUUAAUCUUGAAGAUCUUAUUUAAAAAGCCAACUCUGAAGCUCUAGAUUUCCAAAACCAGAAUCGGGCUUGCAAGCUUUUCCUUUGUGGUCAGAACAGAGCUACCCUUUGUGUCUCCUAAGCUGGGGGGACAUUGAGGAUUUUAGGUUGAAAGUAUUUUGUGGUUUUGGUUUUAACUGAACAAUCCAGUUUGGAAAGUCUGGAAAGCAUUUAUCAAUAAAGGAAUAAAAACCUUUCA